AUGGCUGAGUCGUCGAGUGAAGUCAAAGAAGUUAUAAAGGAACGUAAGGAUUACAGCAAUGUAGUUCUGCCAGCAAAACCGGCUCCGACGCGUCGCUAUGCGCAGGCAAAUAAGCUGCGUAUUUGCGUGAAUGGCUAUGAAUUGGACAUGUCCCGUGCCAUUGGUUCGGUGUACAAAUUCGAGUUGAAGAUCUGUGGCGUGAAAAAGGACGGGCGAGAGAAGGAACUACAUCGUGGCCCCAAAAAUGAGUUUGUUUUUGCAUCGUUCUUUGCUUUUUUUGCCUUGUUUAGUGUUGCCGUGCGAGCAGAUGCUCCAUCGUUACUGUUCAGUUCUGUGGUAAUAUUAUCCCGAUCUCCCUCCUUACAAAUGUGA